AUGACCUACAUUUUCAUUUUUAAAGUCUUUAUAGAUAAUGAUUGGUCCCGUGCUGCUGUUGUUUCGGUUAGCGUAAGUGAGGCAGUCACAUGGUCAUCUGGUGAUGGGAAUGGGCGUGCAGUGGACAGGGGAACGGGUGAUCCUGAGUAUGGACUACGAUACACAUCAGUAGUAGACUACUACUUGAUAGAAAGCAGGGCAAGUUUGGCUAUUGUUGGGAUGUUGGCAGCUGGAAUUUGUAGGGAAAUAGAGGAUAGUGGUGGCAAUAGUAGGUUUGAGAUUUGUAGAGUUGAAUUAACCACAGAAGCUGCACGUUUGGUUGCUUGA